GUGUCUGGGAGCUAUGUGCGUAACCAGUACGGAACAUUGGGCUCUUUGCCAGAGGAAAAAAAAGAGUUCCUGCAAAAGGGACCAGACUUGCAAGACUUUGUAUCUGGAGAUUUGACAGACAAGAGCACGUGGGCUGAGUACAAAGGCAAUUUAAAGCGUCAGAAAGGAGAAAGGCUGCGACUUCCUCCGUGGCUGAAAACAGAGAUUCCCAUGGGAAAGAACUACAACAAACUAAAGAAUACCUUGAGAAGUUUAAAUCUUCAUACGGUAUGUGAAGAAGCACGUUGUCCCAACAUUGGAGAAUGCUGGGGAGGUGGUGAACACGCCACAGCUACAGCUACUAUUAUGCUGAUGGGCGACACGUGCACUAGAGGUUGCAGAUUUUGUUCAGUGAAGACAGCAAAGGCUCCUCCUCCGCUGGACCCCGAGGAGCCGUACCACACAGCAGAGGCCAUAGCCGCCUGGGGCUUGGAUUACGUGGUGCUGACGUCGGUGGACAGAGACG